AACUGUUGUAGUGUCCGGAAGAAGGACUGUCGGCAUGGCGGAUAUAUUUUUCACUUCAUGCUUUGCUUUUCUGUGUCUCUAUAUAAUACCUUAGCAUUAAUAAUCGCCUUUUAUAACCGUGGCGCUGCAGUGAGCUGCAUUUUCAGCCAUUACCGGCUGUGUGCACACGGCACAGCUGUGAGCCGGAGCAGCCGUUACACCGCUGUCUGUCUGUCCGUCCGUCUGUCUGCACACGUCGUGACUUGUGACCCAGUUUGGUUUGACGGACCUGGGGAGGAUACAACAUUGGGAGCCUGAGCACGGACCAGUGACUCUUACUUAAGUCAAAGAAGAAAUCAAAUUUGCCUCAGUGAAAAAAACACACCAAACACUAACAAUGGAUGAAGUAACUGCAGAUGUAGAUGAGGAGGUGACGAAACAGGACUACUCCUCAGAACCACUCCCAGAGCCACUCCUGAUAAUCCUGUCCCCACCUCCACCUUUCUUACCUGUCCCUGGUGAACCGACCAUGAUUUGGCACAAGUGGCUCAAAGCUUUUGAACACUACGUUGAAGCACUCGGUGAAAGCGACCUCGUCGACUCCACUAAGUGUAUGCUCCUACAGAACUGCCUCGGCCCAGAGGGCCAGCGUAUCUUCACAGCACUGAUCCAGAGUGAAACCACAUACGCAUCAGCAAUCUCAGCUCUGACGGUCUACUUCAACUCUAAUCAAAGCUCUCAGAUGUACCGCCUUAAAUUUCAUCAGAGGGCUCAGAUGCCUGGAGAGACUGUCGAUCUGUUUGUGUCUGCCUUAGAUGAGCUGCUUAGGCUUUGCAGCUAUGGAAACUUUCAAGAAAAACUUAUCCUGGAUCAGCUGAUUGAGAAAACCAACUGCCCACAACUCAAAGAGAGGCUGCUGAUGGAGAGGGAAACUCUAACCUUGGAUAAGGCGUUGGCUAUCGGUAAAGAAGUGGAAUCUGCUUUAAAUGAAUCUGAGGUGUUUGGUUUUCAUGAGGUCAGUGUGGACAUUGGAGACGAUUUAGACCUUCCUGUUCAAACCAAGCGCAAAAGACGACGGCCUCGGCGUGGGGGGGAAAGGCCAAAAAACAAACCAAAACCACGCGUGACUAAAACCCCAACAAAAUCACCUCAAUGCAAAGAUAAUUACUAUUACAGCAACGACAAGCUUUAUUAUAGUGAAAAUGAAGAUAAGUCUCAGAGCGUUGAUGAGACUAAUCUGGCUUCUGAUGAAGCCAGCGAUAAAGCAGGAAAUGAUAAAAGAGAGUUGUCAUCAUCAUCACCACAGAAGAUAGAAGAGAAAGGCCCCAACAAAGCUAGUGAUAGUGCAGAUGAUGAUGAAGACUUUCUCUUUUCCUCGUCCAAUGUAAAAGGCCCCUACUGUCCCAUCUGUGUUGACAAGCGCUUCAGAGAUGCAAACAAGCUCGGCAGACACAUGAGGACGCACACAAAGGAGAAACCGUUCACCUGCCCGGUCUGUGCCAUGACAUUCAGCCAGUCCUACCACAUGACGCGACACAUGAGGAACCAGCACGGUGCAGGCCAGUUUGUUUGCUCCACUUGUGGGAAAAGUCAAGGUAGCUUAGCAGAGCUGCAAAGUCACAAGAGGACGCAUGUGUUGAAAGUUCUGUCAUGUCCUGAGUGUCAAGAAAAAUUUACUAACAAGGAUGUGUUUAUUUGUCAUGUCAUGUCACAUGGCACAGACCUGUCCCUCCUGCCCACCCUGACAGAGGGACAAACUUCCCAGCAGAGCGAUGACGAGAAAAAUCAAGAACUAGUCAAGCUAUGUGACAAAGAUAAUGAUAAUGUUGCUGAAAAUGAAGCAGACACUGAUAAUGGUGGUUCUCAGGGAAAAGAAUCUUUAGUUACUGUCAAGAUUGAAGAUAAGACCGCUGAUGAAGCCACAUCUCAAGACGGAGACAGUCAGAAAGAAAAAGUCGGCAAAAAAAGAACAAAAGGCCAUUUCUGUCCCAUCUGUGUCGGCAGGCGUUUCAGGGGGCCAAACAAACUCGCCAGACACAUGAGGACACACACAAAGGAGAAACCAUUCAGCUGCCCGGUCUGCGCGAUGACUUUCAGCCAGAACUACCACAUGACCCGACACAUGAGGAACCAGCACGACUUGGGCCAAUACAUCUGCUCUAAAUGUGGGAAAAGUUUAGGGUCCUGGCUGGAACUGAAAGCACACAAGAAGACUCAUGCAGUUGAAGGCCUGACAUGUCUUGCAUGUGAUAAACAGUUCAAGGAGAAGUCUGCACUUGUAAGUCAUCUUAAAUUACACAAGAAGGUCCAAUCCAACCCUCAAAGCCUCAUCUGCGGCGAUUGCGGCAAAGUAUUUGGUCGAAUGUAUCAUUUGAAAAGGCAUAUAGUGACCCAUCGCAAAGCAACAAACGGAGAGUGUUACACAUGCCCUGAUUGUCAGAGGAAUUUUGCCUUCCCAGAAGACCUCAACAAACACUUGGAGAUUCAUGUGAAAGAAAACAAUGGGACUUGUUCGAAAUGUGAUGAAACCUUCAGCAGCCCAGAAGAACUUGAGAAGCACAUGGAGGUUCAUAACAAGACUUACGCCUGCAGCAUCUGUGGGAAGAAGUUUAAGGUUGAGUAUGCGCUGAAGAAGCAUGAACAGGGCCACCAAGAUGAACAGUAUUAUUGUUCGUUGUGCCGCAAACACUUCAUGAAGCUGUCUCACUACAAAAGGCACGUAAUGGUCCACAACAGACGUGAAGCAAGAUGUCCACACUGCGACAGCGUCUUUCUAAAGUUAACAGCUUUAAAAUAUCACCUGCGGACUCAUACAGAAGAAAGACCGUACCAGUGCACCUGUUGUAUCGAAACCUUUGAAGAGAAGGAAGAUCUAGAACAACACUGCCUCAAACACAGGAAAUUCAAGAGGGAGAGGCCAUACUCGUGCACACGGUGUGAUGCUGCUUUUUCUGCACUAAUUGAGCUGACAGACCACAUGAGCUCACACGAGGGAGAGCAGCCACUGAACUGCCCUGUCUGCGGCAGGACUUUCCUGAACAAGACCAAGCUGGAGAAGCACCUGAGCAUCCACACGGGGGAGAGACCUCACCUCUGCUCCAUCUGCGGCAACGGCUUCCCCUCGGCUGCCAGCCUCAAGUUACACGUUCACAUCCACACCGGAGAGAAACCUUUCCAAUGUUCGCAGUGCAGCAAGAGCUUCAGAUCAUCCAGCGGGCUGCGACUGCACAGCAGGCAGCACAUGGAGGUGCGGCCCAGCUACGAGUGUCCCGAGUGCGGCAGGACUUACGGUCGGAUGACAGAGCUGAAGAUGCACCAACGCUAUCACACGGGGGAUAAACCCUAUGCGUGCACGUGCUGCAGCAAACGCUUUAUUAGCAAAGAUAAACUGAACGUUCACAUGAGGAUACACACAGGGGAGAGGCCGUACUGCUGCCCCCACUGUGGACAGACAUUUACACAGACUGGAGACAGAAACAGACACAUCACAAAAUACCACUACUUAGAUACUGUAGAAACAGAACUCCUGUGAUGCUUAGG